ACAAGAAUAGCUGUGUAAACUUGAACGAGUGUGUGUGUGUGUGUCUCCUCCUCCUUCUCCAGUGUGGAGAGGAGGAGUAAUGAUUUCAAAAGUGUGAGCUUGUCCGUGUCAGGGCUCCCAGUGUGUUUUUGACUCGCGUGGGGUGUGUGCGGGUCCCUGUUGAAGUGAAAGCGACUGGGUCUGAGCUGUAGACGCCCCCUGAGCUUCCCUCAGCGUGAUGGAUGCAGAGGUGGUCCUACAGGAGGAGGACAUGGAGGGCUCGUGGACGCUGUUGUCCUGGCUGGCGUCCUGCGUCAUGGUGUUUGGAGGAGUUCUGCCCUACGUGCCACAGUACCAGGAGAUCACCAGGAGCAGCAACAGCGAGGGCUUCUCCACCAGAGUGUGUCUGGUGCUGCUCAUAGCCAACAUUCUGCGCAUCUUCUUCUGGAUAGGGAAGCAGUUUGAGCUGACGCUGCUGCUGCAGAGUGUGGUGAUGAUCCUCACCAUGUUUGCCAUGCUCCACCUGUGCUGCGCCGUCCAGAACACCAACCGUGUGAGCACCAAGCAGCACAGACUCGCAGAUCUGAAUAUUCAUUACUUCUGGAAGUGGACCGCGUUUGAGGACUACCUGCUCUUCUGUUUCGGCUUCACUGUGCUGUGUGCCGUGGUCACGCUGCUGCUGCUCGACUCGCCCGUGUUUGUGGAGACGCUGGGCUCUCUCGCGGUGAUGUUCGAGGCCAUGCUGGGCCUCCCGCAGCUACUGCAAAACUUCCACAACCGCUCCACCAAAGGCAUGAGUGUGAAGAUGGUGCUGCUGUGGAUGGCGGGCGACGUCUUCAAAACCGCCUACUUUGUGAUGAACGACAGCCCCGCCCAGUUCUGGGUUUGCGGCUCGGUGCAGAUCCUGAUCGACGUCGCCAUCCUGCUCCAGGUGCUUUUCUACAACCGGGACACGCGGGUUAAAUUUGGCUGAGCCCAGCUGUUUUCUAUGGACUCUGAAGUCAGUGUAGGUGUAGUUUGUUAUUUGCCCUUUAAUGAACACUUUACCUCGAAAAACGCCAUGGAAUAGAUUUUAGGCUAUUUUAGUGAUUUGCCUCAGCAGAUCUGUGCAGCUGUAACAACCUGUCCUACACCUGCAGCCCUGCUCUGAAUCUGCUGUCUGACUGAUGAGUCUCACCUGACUGCAUUGUUCUCGUUGAUAUAUAGUGACUGUGUAUGUGUGUUCUCUGUGUGUGAGUGAGUUGGGGAGUGUGUUGCCAUGCUUACUGAUGCGUCCAAGAUCGUUUCUUUUUUUUUUUUGCUGUUGGCAUCAGAGCCAAGGCCAAAGAAUGCACAACAAGGAACAGUAACUUCUGUGCAGACCAUCAAUCUGUGUGUUAUGACUCUGUGAGCUGACUGACACGAUGCCACACAGGCUACAUUUGCCCUUAAUCUUUACAGAUACCAAAGCAAUUCAACACAAGUUCAAUAUGACAGUGUUACUGAAUACUUUUUUUUACGUUUUUAACAGCUUUACUGCAAGAAAUGGCCAGAACUUGAACAUUUACCAAAGAAAUGAGCAAGUUUUUUUGUCUGUCAUUUGUCAGCUGAGGCGAUCACAGAGCCGUACAUUCGUGCAUCGACUUCACCGACAGAUAUGACAGACUUACAUCCCAGUAGCCGACUCAAACAAUCUGAUGACGCUGUGAGGACCGUGACCAGAAAAGAACACUGUUAACACUGUUAUCAUUUGUUACUCAUGCUACUUUCACACAUGCAGAGUCAAUGAAACUGACACUUUUCCUAGACACGGAUUUGUUAUGGGAUACAUUUCAGUCAUAACCACGGCAUAGUUAUAGUUAUAGUGUCUAGACUGACCUUGAAAAUAGCAAUGAACAAUUUUGCUUUGAUCAAAUUUAUAGAAAAUACAACCCUGCGGUAUGUGAUUGAUUGAUUAUUUACUAUGUACCCCAGAUACUGAGUGAUAAAAUGUCAGGUUGUAUAUUUUGGUCACAUACCUGUUUAUGCAGUUCUUUAUUUAUUUCAUUAUUUGUUGUGGGACACGGAGAUAAAUAAAAUAUAAAUACAGAAUGCAGGGCUGCGCUACCAGAAUGUCAAAGACUCUUCCCUUCACUCUCAGAAUACUUCAUAGUUGUCCCUCUCCUAAUGUUUUGUAUAUGUGGGGGCCCCCACUUUUUAACCCUUGGAUGC